AUGAAGAUCACUCAGCCAGAUGGUAGUGGCACGGUCGACGUCAGCCAGAAAUGGGAGAUCCGUUGGGAAGAUGUUGUCGAAUCUGAACCUAAGUAUGCCGAUUUCUGGAUCACCCAUUCCCACAGCCCUCCUUAUCGCGCUCCCGUGCAACUUACCGACGCGAUAAACAUCCACGAAAAUGAUCAUGUGCAGAUUGAUGGAAGGACCAUCGAGAAUAUGCCCACCGGUGGUAGCUACCGCAUCUGGGCUAUGGUACCUGGCCAGAGCCCUAUUGUUGAUCCUGAACCCAUUGCCGAGUCUUCGGAUAUCGACAUCAAGAAUGAAUCAAAUCAGUAG